GUCUUUUUCAGGAAAUCACUUCCUAGCAUAUGUACUGUACAUGUGUUGCUUUGCAUCAAAGCGGCCCUUGCAUCCUUUCGUUUUUCAGGAUGUGCCCCGAGGGGGAGAACAGUCUGGACCCCCCUGCAUUAGUGUGCAAGUGUACCUAAUGUUGUGGCCAGUCUUCUGAGGACAUAGGAGCUCUGUCGCCCUCUGUUGGUCGGAUUGGAAACUGGAGCAAAUGUUUAAUUAAAGUUAAAGGAGUAAAAACAAGUGGUGGUGAAAGUACUUUGAGUUCAACUUCAAUUUCUUACAAAUUCCAGGAGAUGCAAUCGGGAGAGAAGGUUUAAUUUAAAAAAAAGGAAAUUUGACUUUAUUGUGAGAGCACGUGUGUGACUCCACGUUGCUAAGUGAGUUACCAUAUUUUCCAUUUGAAAACGGAGAUGAUGACGUAAGACCUCCUGCAGGGUUUGCUAGCUGGGUGUAAAGUUACACGUGGGCAGGACACACCUCCAGAGGGAGUUCCCUCCAAGCGAGGAUCUGCUGAAAGUCAGAAGCAGUGCUGCUGCUUCUUCUUCACACUCCUCCACCGCUGUCCACAGUGGAGCUUGUACGUGAGCGUGGACAAUGUCCUCCACCGUGGGCAAGUCUUUACGCGCGGCUGCCCUGCUGUCUUUCGUGGUGUUGUCCAUUCUGGUGUCCCUCCUCAUUAGCAGCGUGCACCACUUUGGAGCCAACACGUCCAAACCUUCCAACUGCGGAGGUGAUGACGAUGAUGAAGAGCUGGCGUUAAACUACCAACUCAUGCAAAGACGCCAAGAAAUCAUCCCUUUGCUUUUUCUACCAGAGGACAAGAAGAGCAUUUUCCCAGCACAGGGAUCUAGCUGGGAUUUGAACAUGUGGAGGGAGAUCACGCGUGGGUCCGGGGAUCCAAUGGGCUGUGGAGCUCUGCAGGACAUGCAGGCGGUGGAGGUGCUGGGUUCCGGCUACACCAAGCUGGUGGUGAAAGUGACGCUGGCAGGAGGAGAGCCUGUGGCCCUCAAGAUGGUCAACGAGCAGGGCAUUGACAUGGCCAAGUGUGUGGAGGACUUUAAAGACCCUCAUGGCUGCCGGCAGCUGGUCUCCUACAAGCUGAGCAAGGAAGUUGCCCUCUUGCACAGGCUGCAGCAUCCAAACAUCAUCAAGUUCAAAGGUCACUGUGUUGGAGAAGCAGCAGGAAGAGUUACUGUCAUCCUGGAACAAGGGAGCCCUCUCCAGAUGAUCCAGCUGCUGCAGAGCCCCUGGGAGGACCGCUUCAGGGUGUGUCUGGACCUGGUCCGUCUCCUUCACUUCCUGUCUCAAUCUCCUCUGGGCUCCGUGGCUCUGCUGGACUUUCAGCCCCGCCAGUUCGUGAUGGUGUCAGGCGAGCUAAAGCUCACCGAUCUCGAUGACGCCAGCGCGGCCGAAACCCCCUGCCGGACCGACGGCGACUGCUCCCUCCAGUUUCCACACCGAAAUUUCACCCUGAGAUGCUCGUCUCGUGGCGUGUGUGAUGGUUUGAAUGAGAAGAUGAACAUUUACAAUGCCUACAGGUAUUUUUUCACCUACUUGCUGCCUCACCAGGCCCCGCCCGGCCUCACACACCUGGUGGACCACAUCAUGAACGCCACAGGUGAGCUGAAAGCCGACAUCAACGAGACGCUGGGGGCUUUUGAACACAUCCUGCGCCUCUACCAGUCUGGUCUGCACCUGGACAACAUGCCUCCAUCUUUACUGGCAGAUUACAGCAUGAUGCAAGACAUGACAACGUCAGGGAACGCGGAGUAUCGCUGCUGGCCGUCCUACAGCCAGCAAGGCUGCGUGCUGUCUGUGCACGGUGCACGAGAGGCAGCGUACAUCUGCAACUCCCACUCGCAGUGCAGCAGCUUCACUCUGAGUGGACAGAAGACAUGGACAGGUCGCCUUCUGGCCUCUUUCCGGAGCAGCUUCAGUCACCUGGUACCAGACCAAACAUCCGAGGUGUACGUGAAGAAAAGCAAAGCCCUUGAAACUCCUGCCUUAUAAACAAGAGGCGCAAACCAGGCUGCCCUCCAGUUAGGGUUGGGACUUAUAAUAUAAAGGUUUGGAGAAAUAAAAACCUCCCGGCGUUGUGAAGCAAAGCAACACGUUGCGCUUAAAAGGAGUCCUGCGGUGUCCGGCGUCCAUGUUGAACGGCGCAGGCUUAGCGGGAGGAAAGUCGAGGCUCCUCUGAGCGCUGAGGCAAGUGAAUGUGAUGUAUUUAUAGAGCUUCUGCUCACUGACUGUUUGAUGUCUCUGCCAGCUCGCUGCCUCUGCCAACUUCUAUUUAAAGGGAUUUCCCUUCAGGUACAAUUAAGGAGGGAGCGCCUUCUGCUUUUAUUUCACUCUUUUUAAGUGUUUCUACCUUGACUUUAUUUGCUGCUUGUUGUUGUGAAGCCAGCUCCCCCGUGGUAGGAUUUUUUUUUAAGGCGAGGAGGUAAUAAGUAGAGCCGCGGCAGCUCAGCGUUUGAUGCCUCAGGACAAGGAAAGAAAACAAGCUCUUAUACAAGCACACGCUCAUGUCGAUGCUGCGAGCUAAAGGACCUCUACAGCGCAGUUAUUAACUGGUAAAUACAACCAUUUGUUUGGGUGACAAUGGAUGAAGUCCACACAUGCACGGAUGUUUUUAAAAAGGUAUAUUUUCCCACCUAAACAAUCUAUGUCCAGAGGAAAGCACAUUUUGCUCAGUCAGAACUCAGCUGACUUGGUUGCGCAUUGCGAUGCCUGUAGUUUAACAUCGUGGCAUAUUAGGUGUAGGUAUGCAUAAACUAUGUUUCACAUCAGUGUUCUUUAUUCAACAACAUGAAUGAAUAUUAUCAUGAUCCAAGUGUGUCAUAAACCGCACUUGCAUCAGCCCAUGUAUGGUGCUAACAGACGUGGUCAGACGUGUUCUAUUAAAUACGUGAGAUAAUGGCACAUACAGUAUUUCAAGGCAAAAAGCUUGAGAAAAAUAUGCACUUUUUAAAUAUCCGUGUGUGUGUGUGGUGUCUGAGCUGUAGUAUUUUUCAAAUACGGUCAUUGUUUAAACGCCAGCGUCCUUUUCACGCUUCUCCAUCAAAGUGUAUCCAUCUAAGGAGUUCUACUACUAUAAUGCAUUAAUAUAUGCAUUAUUUUUGUUGCAAAAAGUCUGAUGAAAACCGAAAUCUAUGCACCUGCAUACACCUGCACCACUGAAUGGUUGUUUGUCUAUAUGUGCCCUGCCAUUGGCUGGCGACCAGGCCAGGGUGUCACCUAAAGUCAGCUGAGAUAGGCUCCAGCAUGCCCCCGCAAGGAGAAGCGGUAUAGAAAAUGGAUGGAUGGAUGUUUACUUUUGUCAAAAUUUCACAAAAUGAAAAUCAACUCUCAACCGACCUUUCGGUCCCUUCAAAGAAUAAUAAGUGUAAAGGGGACUUAUAUGGGUGUUAUUUCAGGGUUCUAUCCUUCCAUCCAUCUAUUUUCUAUGCCGCUUCUCCUCAUUAGGAUCACGGGUAUGCUGGAGCCUAUCCCAGCUGACUUUGGGUGAGAGGCGGGGUACACCCUGGACCGGUGGCCAGCCAAUGGCAGGGCACAUAUAGACAAACAACCAUUCACACUCACAUUCAUACCUAUGGACAAUGUAGAGUCGCCAAUUAACCUAACAUGCAUGUUUUUGGAAUGUGGGAGGAAACCGGAGUACCCGGAGAAAACCCACGCACGCACGGGGCAAACAAACUCCACACAGAAAUGCCCAACGUAGAUUCGAACCCAGAUCUUCCAGAUCUCCAGACUGUGACUGUGUGGCCAACAUGCUAAAUUUUGGGGUUCUAAUAAAGGUAAAAAAACAGUAGGUCAUGAACAGGUUUUCUAUGAUCUAACUCCUAAAAUAUUCAUUUUAUUAAUAUGGAGUCCUUUGCGGAAAUGCACUUACUGCAGUCAGGUCUGGAACCAAUUAGCCACUUCUGGAUGACAGCAUUGGUCCUCCCGCCUCCUAAACGUGUGGAGCUCAGGUUACACAUAAACUCUCCUGCAACAACAAACUGGUGUGCUCGUGUUUCCGUACGAGUCACAGCGCCAACCAGUGGCCCGGCGUGCGUAUCGCUGCAUUUUUAUUCGUUUUUGCGGUCGGAGCGGGGUUCCGUAUUGUUGUUGUCAUGGCAGGGUAUGUGAAUGAAGACAUCGGUCAGUCAUGCAUCGUGGCGGUGCAAUGAAUGUACGCUUCGCCAGACGAGCGCUAAGUCGUUCCGCAACAUUCAGACGCUGUUUUGACCGUGACUGUCUUUUGGCUCCAUUCCCAAAGGUGAGCGUGUUUGUGGGUUUGGACGGGAACGACAACGCAAUCGUUUUGUAAAAUGUGUAUGAAGCGGAUCUAUCUGUUGUUCCUAUUCCGCUACUUUCCUCGCAUGAAAACUAACCAAAGCGUGCACGCACGUCAGCCCGAGCGAACAAUGUGAUAUUUCAGGGGGGUGGCGCCCCCUAUCAAUUACUGUCACCAAAUUUGUUGGAGACGUCUGUGAUGACAGGACGCACAAAAAGAACCAAAUUUGACCAACAAACAGGAAGCCCAAAAACUAGGGCUUGUAUAUUGACAAACACCUCCCAAAAAAGCCCAAAUUAAAAUCAUGUGUACCAGACAGACGGAUCAUGACAAAUUCCGAAGCAUUUUUGCCUGCGUCGUAGGACAAGGGGGGGUGGGGAUACGGCGACAAACUCUGACGGUCGGUCUGACAAUUCGCCACGUCGGUGUUCACAUUCAUAACUCGACCCCGCAAGGUCAGAUCUUCGUGUGCGGUGACACCCAGAAGUUAUGCGUUGGUCGCUUCCUGAAUUUGUCACGGCGCCACCCGGUGGCAACAGGAAAUGACGACGUUUACUUGCCUCAACCCAGAGGACCCGUUCGACGCUGAAAUAAAACACCCAAAUAGGCAGCCGAAAACUACCCCUCCGUUCGAGGCCAAAUGGAACUAAAAGCAUUCCAGUUUGUUUCGUGUACCUUUUUGGAAAUGAGUUGAAUUGGUAUCAGGAUCAAAUGUAAUAGUUCUUACAUGGUUUAAGCGCACCCUGUGGGUGAAAUCAAUAUUUUUCAAUGAAAAAUGUUUUUUUCUUACACUGUCUAUUGUAUCUGCAGUCUUAUUUUAUAA